AUGUCAGACGUUGAGACACCGGAGCAGUCUGCUUCGACUCCAACGCCCCAGCUCACGCCCAAGGCCAAAGGCAGGGGCAGAGGCCGGGGCAGAAAAGCCGCCGCUCCCAAAAAGGAGCCACCAAAGCCCGCGGCCGCCGCCGGAACAGGUCGACGCGGCCGAUUCAAGCAGUUCGCCGACGACAAAGUCCAGGCCAACUAUGAACGCCAGCGCGAGCUCAAGGCUACUUAUGCGGCUCUCGCCAAUGUUGUGAAGCCUGCCCUUCAGGACUUGGCCUCCCGAACCGUCAAGAAACUCACCAGGAAUGAGGCAUACCACAUGCUGGUGCCGGAGUUUGCGGUUGUCAGCGAACACGUCGACUUGCGCCUCGACAGACAACUCGCCCUCUCGGAGAACAAGCUGGCGAUUGCUGCCAAGAUGACCUUCAAGGCCAAGCACAUCCAGCUUGACGCUGUGCGCGACAUCUACAAGAAUGGAUUUGAAGACCUAGAAAACGAGUUUUUGGACGCGCAACUUCAUCGCCUCGACAUUCUAGAAUACCUCCACGAUCACGGCUUGCCCGUUGAUCUCGUCGACGGCGGCUGGAAUUACAAGCAAAUCUCCGACAAGGAAGCCAGCGAAUUCGGCAUUUACGAAGUCUAUGUCGAUGGCAAACUUGUUCCCUACCCUCAACUCGUCGAGGGAACUGAAGCCAAUGCACUCAGACAGGCUGCUUGGGCCGAGCCUCAACCGGCCAAGGACAGUCUUGCACCACCCACCUCAACCGCUGCUGCAACGCGGACCAAGCGCAAAGCAAAGGACCAACCAGAUGGUCAGCCUGCUUCCAAGAGAUCUUCUGGUGAUGUCGCGCCUGUUCGUCACAUCGCGGGUAUUAUGUCGGCUCAACAGGCUCCAAUUGAGGACGAGUCAAACGAGAGCACGCCAGUUCCCGAGGGCCCGGUGACCGCUGACCAGAGAGAACCGGCCUUGCCAGCAAAAGCGUCCGAGCCGGACGAGUACGGGUGCCGACAGGUCAACCGCCCUACUGCCAAAAACGGCGCUAGUAUCGCCAACCGUCUCAUUGUUCCCCCGUCAUUUCAGUUCGAUGAUGACGAGAUUGGAUACCGCGAUUCGACCAACUCCCCUAGGCACGGAGCCACUCUCGCAAAGCGUGGCAAGUAUCUCGGCAAGCCCAACUCGAACACCUGGCACUACGAUCCCCUGCUUGCUCGUUGGGACGCUCGGGAAAUCGAGGAAGACGACUAUGACAAGGAACUUGUGGAGAGAUUUGCUGUUCAUCCGCGCUACGGCUACUUCCUUCCCAGUAGCAAGAACGACGCCGAGCCUCCAAAGCCGGAAGCAAACCCAAUGCACCCGACCGUGUUCCUGACGCCUUCUGGCAAGACCAUCCAUGCGUCUCGUGUCGUACCUGCAGCAAAGGUCGAGAUUGCCUUGGCCGACAAGCCCCAUCAAGACAAAAUGGCCGCCGUUCUCUCAUCGGUAUGUGGCAAGGACGACAUCUCGCCGGAUGACAUCGAAGGUCCCGAGCUCAAGGCCCUGAAGGACAUCCAGGCCGAGUAUGCCGAGCAGAGACUUAUUGCCGAGUCUAUCAAGGAGUCGGAGCCUGAAAGCGUUGAAGACACGCCUGCCACUUCACCUCUGCCAAUCAAUGAUUCCGCCUUGAACAUAGCGGGCAUGGAGGAGCUCCUCGUUGCCGCCGAAGCUGUUGAAGCCGAGAACAGGGAGAUUAAGCCGGUCGAAGAGACGCCUGCGUUUCUUCCCGCUCCGACUCCCGCGAGACCUGCUACCCGUGCCUACGACGCAAUUCGAGAUAUCUUUGGAGCUAGUGAUUCGCCCGCUCCAGAACCUCCUGCUCCUGCCAUGGCCCCCGACCCUCUCGACACCACUGCACUCGCCAUCCUCGCCGACGCGUCUACCGCCACUCACACCACUCAGCCCGCCGACGUCGUUAUGGCCGACGCGCAUGUUCGCCACCCCAUCCCACUCGACGGACAUCGUCACGGCAACAUCGAGCCCGGCUACUCUAUCCAGCCUAUGCCAGCUGAGUCUCUUACCUCAGGCGCACCUCCUAACGACGGUAUAAGCUGGGUCGAGCCCCGUAUCGCAUCUCCGGGAGCCGACAGCCGGAUACACCCAUCCAUCGAGACUGGCCUGAUGCGGGAUCACCACUCGAACCAACUACCCCCCGCACGUCCAGUUGAGAUGUCGCAAAUGCGAUCUUCCAUCGAUGCUUCGAACGAUACGCGCCGACACUCGAUGUACCACGAGCACAGUGGCCCCUCAGCCUACAAUGACCAGCACCUACCUCCUCCUCAUCCACAGCAACACUAUAUGGCGGCGGACCCCAUGAUUGAUCCCCGCCUCUACUCUGCGCCGAUGGAGGCCCAGGCCGGACAUCAUGAGUAUCACCAGCAAACCUACAACCAGGCUCAUCAGGUAUAUCAACUGCCGGGAAUGUCCAUGCCAGGAGGUCCGAUGGCACAAGGCCCUCCGCAACUUCAGCAGUCCGGCUCUACCUCCCGGAUGCCGUUUACGAACCCCUCUCAGGACAGAAGCUCGCCGCUUCCCCCGUUGCGGCCGUCGCGAGGGCGCAAAAGCGCCCCUGCCGCAUCGGAGCAGUCCAUGUCUAUGGAGCACCAGCAGCAGCAACAACCGCCUUCGUACAUGAACAGCAACAGUGGCUCUUUCUAUCCUCCCGGUCCGCCGAGACCUUACCACAAUGGCUACUCCCAGGAGCAGCCUGGCAUGCCGCCUAUGAUGAGCCAAUAUCCUCCUUACCCCGGCUCGCAGCCUCCAGUGCCACCCCCUCAGCAGCAACAGCAACAGUCGUACGGGCCACCAGGCAUGUCGCCUACCUACUCCUCCAUCGCGCCUGUACAGAGCUCCCCCACCCUUCAGUUCGUCCAGCAGCAGCCUGGGGAGCCUUCGAGAAGCCGGGCGGGAAGCGGCUCAUCCACACCGAGCGCCCCGGGCAACAGCAAAUACCCCAAGCUGGCACCUGCUCCCCUGCCCGCUCACAGAGUUGGCUGGCCACAGGGCCCCGAGCUGAGGACUGUCCAGUAUGAUUACAAGGAGAACAUUAAAGACUAUUCACCCACCGAGCCCCCUCCGCGUCGCGGCCCCGUCCAGAUCCGGGGAUGGAAUAUCAACAACAAUAGAAUCCAACGUCAGAAGACGGAAGAGAAUGGCGACGAGCGUCGCGGUUCCCGCUAG